AUGCCUCGUUAUGAUGAUCGUUAUGGAAACGCACGCUUGUAUGUUGGUAGAUUGUCCUCCCGUACUCGUUCGCGCGACCUAGAAUAUCUUUUCAGCAAAUAUGGAAGAUGUUUGACUCCCAGGUCUUGUGUGCUUAACUUAAAUGAUCUUGUUGAAGGUUUUUCCGUUUUUAACACAAUCCGGAAGGAAUACAGUGAUCCUCGUGAUGCUGAUGAGGCCCGAUACAACCUAGAUGGCAGGGAUGUUGAUGGGAGCCGCAUUAUUGUUGAGUUUGCUAAAGGGGUUCCACGUGGUUCUGGUGGUUCACGAGAACGUGAAUAUGUGGGAAGAGGGCCUCCUCCAGGAACAGGCCGUUGUUUCAACUGUGGUAUUGAUGGUCAUUGGGCCAGGGACUGCAAAGCUGGUGACUGGAAGAACAAAUGCUACCGCUGUGGAGAAAGGGGCCAUAUUGAAAGAAAUUGCCAGAAUAGCCCGAGGAGUCUCAGGCGUGAGAGAAGCUAUUCACGGUCCCCAUCUCCACGUCGUGGACGGGCUCGCAGUCGGAGCUACAGCAGAAGCCGUAGUUACAGCCGAUCUAGGUCCAGAUCCUAUUCUGAAUCUCCCAGAGGGCGCCGCACAGAGCGUGAUGAGAGGAGAUCAAGGAGCAUUAGCUACAGCAGGAGCCCCAGGCGAUCACUCUCCCCAGGAGGCAAGGAAAUGGAUCGCAGCCCCACACCUGAUCGCAGUCGGAGCCCCAGGCGAUCCAUCUCACCUGUAGCAAAGGAUAAUGGUGAUAGCCCUCGGGGCAGGGAGACAAGCAGGAGCCCAUCUGAUGGCUACCGUAGCCCUGUGGCCAAUGGGCGCAGCCCAAGAAGCCCUGUUAACAAUGGCAGUCCCAGUCCUACCAGAGACAACAGGGCCAGUCCAAGCCCGAGGGGCAACAACGGUAGCCCUAGUCCUAAGGGCAAUGGCAACGGUGGCAGCCCAAGUCCAAGGGGCAAUGGUGACGACGAUGGACGUCGAGGCUCAGGCUCACCUAGAGGAAGAAGCGUGUCUCCAUGA